AAAAAAACCACCUGGUUUUGAGGAUAUUAUUCGACUAUUUUAUUUCAUUUUAGCAACAUGGUAGUUUUACUGUCUAAGACAGUUCAUAUUAUUGACGUCAAAAGUGGAAAUCUCAAAUCUUUGCAAAAUGCUAUCGAACAUCUAGGCUAUAAAGCCAUUUUCAUCGAAGAUGGUAAUAAUCCUGAAUUGUUGAAAGCAGAAAAAUUGAUCUUGCCUGGUGUAGGAAACUACGAUUACUUUGUCGAAAAGUUAUUUCAAAAAAAUUUUGAGAAACCCUUGAAAGAUUAUAUCAACUCAAAGAAGCCUAUUUUUGGUAUUUGUGUGGGUUUACAAGCUUUAUUUAAUACCAGUGAAGAAAGUUUCAACUCCAAAAAGGGUUUAGGUUUAAUUGACAUAAAUGUAUCAAAGUUUAAAGAUGCCACUAAAUCUGUUCCACAAAUUGGCUGGAAUAAAUUACGCCUUCUGUUUUCCCUCAAUGCUUCAUUGCCAUCCAGCUAUGAUAGUGCUGAGGUAGAACUAUAUGGUUUAAAUCCAAACUACCAUUACUAUUUUGUCCACUCAUAUGCUGCUAUAAUAAAUGACCAAAUAAAGCAAAAUUUAUUAAAUGAGGGCUGGAAUUUGGGUAUUACUACCUACGGGGAUCAGCAAUUUAUUUCGGCUAUCAAUAAAGAUAAUCUUUUUGCUACUCAAUUUCAUCCUGAAAAAUCGGGUAAAGCUGGUCUCAAAAUGAUCAAGCACUUUUUAUCAGGCAAAAAAUAUACUUCGAUUCCAAGAUCAAAUUUUAAUUCUAAUAAUAAAAAUUUAAAAAAUUUCAAUGGAUUGACAUGCAGAAUUAUUGCCUGCCUUGAUGUUAGAAGUAACGAUCAAGGAGAUUUAGUUGUUACAAAAGGUGAUCAAUAUGAUGUUAGAGAAAAAGAUGACAAUGGAAAUAAUGUCAGAAAUCUUGGAAAACCAGUGGCUUUAGCUGAAAAAUAUUAUAAACAAGGUGCUGAUGAAAUUACUUUCUUAAACAUUACAUCUUUCAGAAAUUCUCCCUUGAGAGAUCAACCAAUGUUAAAUGUCUUAAGAGAGGCUUCAAAAACCUGUUUUGUUCCCUUGACGAUUGGUGGUGGCAUAAGGGAUUACAAAGAGCCCAAUGGCACUAUAAUCUCAUCUUUAAAAGUUGCUGAAUUAUAUUUCCUAAACGGUGCUGAUAAAGUUAGUAUAGGUUCAGAUGCAGUCACUGUUGCUGAAAACUAUUUUAAAAAUGGUUCUCAAGGUUCAGGAAAUUCGCCCAUUGAGCUUAUAUCAAAGCAAUUUGGUGUUCAAGCAGUUGUUAUUUCUGUUGAUCCAAAAAAAAGAUAUGUAAAUUCACCAGAUGCUACUUUAAAUAAAGUUAUCAAAACCAAAUUUCCAGGUCCAAAUGGUGAAAAUUACUGUUGGUACCAGUGUACAACUAAAGGUGGAAGAGAAUAUAGUAAUAUUGGAGCAUAUGAGUUAACCACAGCAUGUGAAGCAUUAGGAGCUGGAGAAAUUUUAUUAAAUUGUAUUGACAAAGAUGGCUCUAAUUCAGGUUUUGAUUUAGAAUUGGUUGACCAUAUAAAGAAAUCAGUAUCAAUACCUGUUAUUUCAUCUAGUGGUGCUGGAAACCCGCAACACUUCAGAGAAGUGUUUGAAGAAACUUCUGUUGAUGCAGCAUUAGGUGCAGGUAUUUUCCAUAGAGAAGAGUAUACUGUUGGCCAAGUAAAAGAGUAUUUACUUGAGCAUGGUUUUGAAGUUCGAUUUGACAAUGGAAUAGAAAUUUAACAUUUCUCAAAUUCUUUAUCUUUUCCCUUUAGAAUUUUUUUUUUGUUUGAGAAUGCAGUUAGAAUUGAU